UCAGGACAGAGAUCUUCCAGAGAGAACCCGAGGAGAGAAACGUCAACAUUGAAAGUUUUCCAGUGAGUAACCAAUAGGAUGAACACUGCCACUCCCACUGAAAAUGGAUUUACUCUCCUGGAGGAAGGAUUCUCUGCCCAGGAUAUGGUUAGCAAGAAGAUCAAUGAAUCAUCUAUGAAGGAUGACAGGGAUGCCUUCUAUGUCUGUGACUUGGGAGAUAUGUUGAAGCAACACCUACAAUGGGUGAGGGCCCUGCCUCGUGUCACUCCUUACUACGCUGUCAAAUGUAACGACACUCGGGAAGUGGUUAAGACACUGGCGUCUCUGGGAACUGGCUUUGACUGUGCAAGCAAGUCAGAGAUUCAGCUGGUUCAGUCUCUGGGAGUAGAACCAAGCAGAAUCAUCUAUGCCAACCCCUGCAAGCAAGUUUCUCAUAUCAAGUACGCUUCAGCAAAUGGGGUCCAGAUGAUGACCUUUGAUAGUGAGGAGGAACUUAUGAAAGUGGCCCGUUGUUAUGACAAUGCCAAGCUGGUGCUACGAAUCACCGCUGAUGACUCAAAGGCAGAGGUUAGUCUCAGUAUGAAGUUUGGGGUCCAUCUCAAAUCCUGCCGAGGUCUUCUGGAGCGAGCUAAAGAGCUGAAGCUGGAUGUGAUUGGUGUCAGCUUCCAUGUUGGCAGUGGCUGCAGGGAUGCUAUGGCAUACGUAAAGGCAAUCACAGAUGCUCACUUUGUUUUUCUUAUCGGGGCUGAACUUGGGUUCAAAAUGGAUCUCUUGGACAUUGGUGGUGGAUUCCCUGGUUCAGAUGAUGAUAAACUCAAAUUUGAAGAGCUCACAGCUGCUAUCAACCCUGCUCUGGACAAAUAUUUUCCUGCUGACACUGGUGGUAAGAUCAUUGCUGAGCCAGGACGUUUUUUUGUAACUUCUGCUUUCACACUGGUUGUCAACAUCAUUGCCAAGAAGGUCAUCAUGGACGAGGAGUCAGACUCUGAUGAUAAAGACAAAGUGAUCAACAACAAGACUCGGAUGUACUACAUCAAUGAUGGGGUGUAUGGAUCUUUCUCAUUCAUACCCAUGCACAAUUUAAAGGUUCUGCCAACACUGCAUAAGAAUCCAAAGCCAGAUGAAACCAUGUACCCAUGUAGUAUCUGGGGCCAAACCUGUGAUGGUGCGGAUCGCGUUAUUGAGCAGUGUUUCCUGCCUGAUCUGCAGGUGGGCGACUGGCUGGUCUUUAAAAACAUGGGUCACUACACCAUAGCUGCCUCCUGCUCAUUUAAUGGAUUCCAAAGACCCGGCAUUCACUACAUGAUGUCUCGUCCUGCCUGGCCUGCCAACUCCUGUGGAGGAGUCUCACCUGUGUGAAAAGACAGAGUUUGAACGGGUUAUAUAGAUGUAUACAUAUAUAUAUAUAUAUAUAUAUAUACAUAGAAACAAGACGAAGAUUGGAAUCACAUAAAAUCAUUUUACAAAAACAUGAAAAUAAAUGAGUGAUACAUUAUA